GAGUGACCUCCCCUCUUAUGACACUGAUUGUAAACCGGAAGAAAAUCAUUUGUAAUGAUUACAGAUUUCCGAGCAUAGAUUUAUAUCCACUUGACCAUGUUGGAAGCUUUUAAGGUUUCUGUUUCGAACGCUAUGAGGUGUAUAGUUUGUAUAUGUUUGUUUAUCUAGACAAAUGAAAUAUCCAAAUACUAGUAAGAAUGGCUACAGAUGCAGAAAUUGCAAGAAAACUACAGCUAGAAGAGUUCCAACGAGGGGACAGCACUGACCCAGAUGCACAGUUAGCAUGGCAUUUGCAACAAAAUGAUUUAGAGGUGGAUGAUUUGGACUCUGGAUCUCUCCACCUUGACCAACUUUCACCAGACCCUGUCUCAGAGUCAUCUGACAUUACAGACUACGAUCACUCAGUUAUGGAUUAUUUGAGUCCCGAUGGCAUCACAGAUGAGGUCGGUUACGGCCAAGCCACUGCCCAAAGUGAAUACCAGGUUGAUACAUACAGUGUGCACGACGAUGAAAGAAUGGCAUUUCUGCUGGAGGAACAGCUAAAACUUUCGCAGGAACACGAGGAUGCAGAAUUGGCGCAGAAACUAUAUGAUGAAGAAGAACACAAUCAUACUCGGAGAAGAGCAACACGGCCCCCCACGCUCCCCCGUAGGGAACCACCACAGAGAAACAGACCCCCAAGGCAUGCCCUGUUUCCUCCUAACUCAGGCUCUGGCAGACAUCCUGUGUUUGACCCCACCUUUAGUCCUCCUGAAACAGAUAUGCCAUUCAACAUUCGUG